GAAUUAGAAAGACCGAAGGCGCCGCUGCUUGGGUUGUUAGUGAAGGGAACCAAAACCAGUGGAUUCCAUGGUUUUUCUUACUUGUACAAGUUUGAUAAUUUUAAACCUCGGACAUGACAAAUCUUCUUCAUUGUUGCACUAUAUAUACUCCACAGGAACCAACCCAUUUCUUCACAGCAAAAAGAGAAAAGUACUUUUGUGUUCGUGUGAGUGAUUACAAAUAAAAAAGUCAAUCAAGGUGUUCAAAAGCAAAGAAAAUGGUUUCAACCACUGCUGGAAAGGUCAUACGCUGCAAAGCUGCGGUUGCAUGGGAAGCUGGAAAGCCAUUGGUGAUAGAGGAAGUUGAGGUGGCUCCACCACAGGCAAAUGAGGUUCGUAUCAAGAUCUUGUUCACCUCACUAUGUCACACUGAUGUCUACUUCUGGGAAGCCAAGGGACAGACACCUUUAUUUCCAAGGAUAUUUGGUCAUGAAGCAGGCGGAAUUGUGGAAAGUGUUGGUGAGGGUGUGACAGAUCUUAAGCCUGGUGAUCAUGUGCUUCCGGUCUUCACUGGGGAGUGCAAGGAAUGUAACCAUUGCAAAUCAGAGGAAAGUAACAUGUGUGACCUCCUAAGGAUCAACACUGACCGUGGAGUGAUGCUGAAUGAUGGCAAGUCGAGGUUUUCAAUCAAUGGACAACCAAUAUACCACUUUGUUGGAACUUCCACCUUCAGUGAAUACACUGUAGUCCAUGUCGGCUGUGUUGCCAAAAUCAACCCUGGUGCACCACUUGACAAAGUUUGUGUUUUGAGCUGUGGAAUCUCAACAGGUCUUGGUGCUACAUUGAAUGUUGCAAAACCAAGCAAAGGUUCAUCAGUGGCUGUAUUUGGAUUGGGAGCCGUUGGUCUUGCUGCUGCUGAGGGAGCUAGACUUGCUGGUGCUUCCAGGAUAAUUGGGGUUGACUUGAAUUCUAAGAGAUUUACUGAAGCUAAGAAGUUUGGAGUUACUGAGUUUGUGAAUCCAAAAGAUUAUGACAAGCCAGUUCAAGAGGUGAUUGCUGAAAUGACUGGUGGGGGAGUAGACCGAAGUGUUGAGUGUACUGGAAGUGUCAGUGCUAUGAUCUCUGCAUUUGAAUGCGUGCAUGAUGGAUGGGGUGUUGCUGUACUUGUUGGUGUGCCAAAUAAAGAUGAUGCUUUCAAAACUCAUCCAAUUAAUGUCUUGAACGAAAAGACUCUCAAGGGUACUUUCUUCGGUAACUAUAAACCACGUUCUGACCUCCCAUCAGUGGUGGAGAUGUACAUGAACAAGGAACUUGAACUGGAGAAAUUUAUCACCCAUGAAGUACCUUUCACAGAAAUCAACAAAGCCUUUGAAUACAUGCUUAAAGGAGAGAGCCUGCGUUGCAUAAUCCGCAUGAGUGCAUAAAAUUUAUUUAAAAUAACUACCGUGUUUGAAAUAAAAUAAAAUAUACUUGAUCAUGUAUGUAGCUGUGGUCACUGUAACAAAACAUGUGUAAGCGUUGCUUUAAAUUUCAUAGGGAAGUUACUGUAUCUUGUAAAUCUCAUGCGUUUAAAACAAGCUACUCGCGUAUUGUUGUAUUUUUCUGCAAGUAUAUAUUCUAUGAAGUUGAUAAUUUUUAU